AUGGAAAAAAAUGAACUUCGAGAGAAAAUUCUUCAAAAAGAUUGUUAUGAAUGUCGUGUGACAGGAACCUUGAGUUUAUCUUUUAUUGGAUGUUUCAUUCUUUAUCAAUCGAAUGGAGGAUUCUAUGCCAAGAAACCUUAUAUUCAAAUGGGAGUUCGAUCUUUAGCUUUAGCUUCUUUCUAUCUUGGAGCAGCGCGAUGGUUUUACUUCCCUCCUUUCCGAGGUUUAGCGGGCACUAAUAAUUCUAUAGAAAUAAAUGUUAAGAAAUAA